CAGAGGGACCAUUCCAGAAGGCCAGCCGCAGAGAAAUCGAGGGAGCACCAUGUCUUUCUCCAACCCUGAGGCUGCGCCCCGAGGGCCUGAGCCUGAACCCUCGAGCUCCAAGAAGAAGAAGAAGAAGAGAAAGUGGCCGCAACACGAGGCCAGAAUCCAAGCCCUCACCAGGGCUGGCCACGGAGCCCUACUGGCUGGCCGGAACCAUGAAGCCUUGACCUGCUUCCAGAGGGCCUUUGUCCUGGCCUCUGAACCCCCACAAACUCGGGACACCCCUGUUUUCCGGGCCUGUGCCUUCAACCUGGGGGCUGCCUAUGUGGAGACUGGGGACCCAGCCAGAGGCCUGGAGCUGCUGCUGCAAGCCCAGCCUGCAGAGAAGGCACAGGGCAGAGGUCAUGGAGACCAGUGUUUCAACGUGGCUUUGGCCUACGAGGCCCUGGGCAAGCUGCCUCGAGCUUUGGCCUGGUACCGCAGGGCCCUGGGCCACUACCGGCCACUCGGCGACCAGGGACAAGCCCAGGCAAAAAUGGGAGCCUGCUACCGGGCCCUGGGACAGCCUGAGCUCGCAGCCCAGUGUCUGCAGGAGGCUAGCCAGGCCUAUGCCCAAGCUGGGCAGUCCCAGGCUGCAGCCCUGGCUGCGGGGGCAGCGGCGGUGUGCAUGCUGGACAGCGGCCAGCAUGGGGUGGCCGAAGUGGUACAGGUGCUGGAGGAGAGCCGGAGGUUUGCAGAGAGGAGCCCUGAGAGCAGCCUGCUGGGGCAGCUCUAUGUUGACCUCGGCCUGAGCUACUCCCAGCUCCAACUGUUCCCGCUAGCAGCAGAGGCCUUCCUGCGGGCCCUGCCCCUGUGUCAGGGGCCAGGAGAGGAGGCCACAGUGCUGAGAAACCUCGGGGCUGCCCAAAGUGCCCUCGGCAACUAUCAGGAAGCUCGGGACUUUCACCAGAAGGCUGCUGACCUGCAUGGCUCGGUGGGGCAACGGCGGGAGCAGGGACGAAGCUUCGGUGGCCUGGCAUUCGCCCUGAGCCAGCUGGGGGACCACGGAGCUGCCCGAGACAGCUACCUGCAUGCCCUCCAGGCCGCCCGGGACACCGGGGACACAAAGGGGCAGUGGCAGGCUUGCGAGGGGCUGGGGGCUGCGGCAGCCAGACUGGGGCAGCACGACCAGGCCUUGCGCUACUAUAAGGAAGCGCUGGCCCGGAGUCAGAAGGAGCCAGACUCUGUGCGGGACCGGCUGGUGGCCAAGCUGGCCCAUGUCAUGAGGAUGAACCUGACGCAGGCUGGGCUUGUCCCAACGUACAUGCUGACUUCGGCGCCAGGGAGGACCCAGGCUCCAGGGGUGGCAGCAGGGCCCCCAGCCAGGGCGGGAAGGGGUGGGGCAGAAGUGCCACACAGGUCUUCGAGAGGGUGGGAAGAAGAAGAGUGCAUGGAGAGCCAGGAGGAGACAGAGGACCAGCCGCUUCCCGAUGAUGUCCCCGUGGUGUCUUGGGCGCAGAGCCUGGAGCGUCCAGGAACCGGGGCCCAUCUCCUGCUUGGAGGCCGAGGCCCCCUCCAAAAGGAGCACCCUGGCAUUCUGGUACCCAGUGGCCCCCAAGCCAAUAGGUGGUCGGGCUGGCCCAGGGAAGCCCCCAGCAGAAGCCGUCAGAGGAGACCCACGGAGUCUGGCUUCUGUGUGAUCGUGUGACCCCACUCUGCAGGCCCUGAGUGUGGCCUCUGUGGUUUCUGGGACCAAGGCUCUUCCCCGCUGUCCAGUGCCCUACGGACACACAAGGGAACACCACCGGCAAGAAGGCACCUCUGUCGGCUGAACAGGGCCUUUGCAGUCUGGGCACUGAGGUGUUGUUUGUUCCUUGUUGGGAGUUUGGGGCUCAAUGGGCAAAAGAAAAAGGGAAAAUGGACCGUGAAUUUCCCCCUUUUCCUUCUGGAUCCAUGACUGCUGAGGCCUCGCCGCUCUAAAAGCUGUGACAUCUUGGUCAGGAGGCUUUGCAGUCAUGGACUCGCUCCAGACCUCCACAUUCUCGAAGUGGAAAUGGGGACUAAAUGCUACAGAGGACUCAUCUUAGCCCACAGAUGGACUGUACCGCCUCCAUGAAAGUCACGCGCUGGGGACACAGCCCCUCAGGCGUGCCGGACGCUGCUGUCAGCAGCCACCACAUUUUGGAAAGUGUGUGGGUCACUCAGCGCCCACCACACCCUGCUCUGAGCCCUUCCCAAGGGUUUUCUCCCGCAGUCCUCACAGCAGACGACCCCCUUUCACAGAUGAGGAGAACAUGGGUGUCCUCCCGGCCACACAACUGAGAAGCGGGGAAGCCAGGAUUCAAACCCGGCCGGUGAGCACCUCGUAGAAUGGCGUGCGGCUUGCCACCCCGUUUACGCUAGGGCCUGCGGGGGGCUGAUUGUGUUGGUACCGAAUGUGCUGACGCCGACUGCCUGUGUUCUUGUAACUCGUGAUUCAAUUAAACAUCACACAAACUGAUGAACAAAGUGUGAAAACAAGCCCUGUUUGUACGAAAACGAAGCUGAAUCCUUGGAAGUCUUGAUUAAGGUGAGUCAAUUCAAAAACUACUGUUGAAUUCAUGUGAGCAAGACGAUGAUCACAUUUUGGGGUAAAAUAGUAAAAAUCUACAUGAAUUUUGCACUCAGAUUGCCUCAAACACACCAUUAACUGUUCCACGUCCAGGAAGCAGCCUGGAAAGUGCAGGGGACCCCUAAUGAGGUUGAUACAGGAGGGACGCAGAGCUCCAGUCCUGGGCUCCAGGAGAAGACGCCGGCCGCACUCCGACAGAUGGCAAACGGAUGCAUUUUUAAAUGGAAAUAAAAUAACCCAUUCUCGCUCGCGUCAGGGAAGAGGGCUUCUAUAACUGUGAAGUACUUCACCCUGAGAGUUUGAGGAGCCGUUAAACACCUGCAGGGGACCUAGCCUGUGCCACGCAUGGAACAGGCGGCUGGGGACACGGCGGCCCAC